AUGGAUCGCAACCAAUCCUCUGUCACUGAAAAGACGGACAAUAGCAAGCACGAAACCGAGCAUCUUGAGUAUGUCGGGCAGCAUGGAAAGCACAUCGGCAUAAGAACCGGCUCCCGUCCAACUCAUCCUACCGAGGACAAAGAAUGGGAUCAGCCUGCUGAUUGCAGCUAUUUUGAGCGUGAUUCAAACGACGGUCGACAGAUCGUCGACUGGGACAGCCACGAAGACUCGGAAAAUCCUUUCAAUUGGUCUACCAAAUACAAAUGGAUAGUAACGCUGACCACAUGCUUCAUUUCCAUCUUACUCGGGCUCCCAGCAGKAGCAUAUGGUACCGCAGGAUCACAGAUGGCUCAUAUAUGGCAUAUCAACGAAGACCGAUUCCCUUUCAUCAGCUUUGGCCUCGUUACCUGGAAUGUGGGCGCAGCUGUUUUUCCUCUCGUAUUUGUUCCCAUGACCGRGACAGUGGGACGCAUGCCCGGCUACUUCAUCUCAUACAUUCUCUUCCUCAUCUGGCUGAUCCCUUGCGCCGUCUCACAAAACUUUGCAACGAUUCUCGUCUCCCGCUUCUUCGCUGGGGGAGCGAGUUCUGUCGCAAUCAAUGUUGUUGGAGGAACGAUCACCGAUAUCUGGAAAGGAGAUCGGGCUCGCAGCUUGCCCAUGUCAGUCUUCGCACUCUCCGGUGUCGUUGGGAUAGCCCUUGGGCCUUUGAUUGGUGGGGCUAUUACGAGUGGCAUAAAUUGGAGAUGGAUCUAUUGGAUUCAGCUCAUUGUGGACGCUGCUUUGCUUCCUGUCUUCUACAUGAUCCUGACGGAAACCCGCGGCGAUGUGAUUCUAGCGAGGCGAGCUGCGACAAUGCGCAAAUGUGGCCGCAACAACGCCUACGCCAGAUCAGAGCUGGAGAAGGUCUCUAUCCUGCAGAAUAUCAAAGUUUCUUUCAUGCGUCCCACCAAAAUGCUGGCCACGGAGUUUGUUGUCAUAGCAUUCACUCUAUGGGUCAGCUUCGCCUGGGGUAUUCUCUUCCUAUUCCAGAGCAGUGUACCUAUCGUCUUCGAAGCGGUGUACGGCUUCAAUACCUUACAGGUGGUGCUGGUCCAGCUCGCACUCGUUGUGGGCGCCAUCCUAGCAGCUUUGGCCAACCCGGUCCAAGACAAGCUCUAUCUAAAAUCUGCCAAACGUAACAUGGAAAGACCUGGAAAGCCAAUACCUGAAGCUAGACUGUACUUCGCGGUGCCUGGAUCCAUCAUCUUCUCCGCGGGGAUGUUCUGGUUCGGAUGGGCUUCGAUUGACAGUCUGCACUGGAUUGUUCCGACUCUUGGCCUGGGAUGCGUCGGUAUCGGCGUUUACAGCAUCUAUCUCGCGGUCGUCAAUUUCCUCGCCGAUGCUUACGAAAAGUAUGCAGGGUCGGCGUUGAGCGCUGCGAGUAUGGGACGCAAUGUGUUCGGUGCAUUCCUUCCUCUAGCGACGCCUGCGCUGUACAAGAACGUGGGAUUUCAGUGGGCCUCAAGUCUCAUAGGCUUGGUUGGCCUCGCACUCAGUGUCGUGCCGGUGAUUCUGUUGAUCAAGGGCGAAAGUAUCCGAGCGAAGUCACCUUUUAUGCUGGAGGCCAGCUAUGACGAGGAAGAGUCCGACGAGCGACGCGAAAGUCUUGCUGUGAGACACACUGCCGAAAGAAGCGCGGCCUCCACAAUGCCUUGGAGCCACGUGAGGACGAUACACGAUUAG